ACUUUCAGAGUAGCACAGAGGUCAUAUGUGUUCGAAUGGUUGAGAGUUGGUUAAGAGCUUAGCGGCUUUAUUAAACAUGUUUCGCGUAACGCCAAAAGCGCUUACCUUAUUUAAUAAUAUAUUAAAAAAUCCGAAGAAUGUGAUAUUAUGCAGGAGGGAGUGCAAUGGUCUAAUGACCAUACAGAAUUCUUAUGUUCAAAAAGCAUUUUUCUCGAGCCAGAUCAAAGACGGCAAUGCGCCAAAAUCACCGCUCGCCACGCUCUUUGCUAAAGGCGAUGGUGAUAAGAAGAAGGAGGAACAAACCCCUCCCGAUGAAAAUAGCCAGAAAGAGACCAAAGAGCAAUCCUGGAGACGAAUGAAGUAUACAUUGGCAUUUUUUGGAAUAUCUUUCACAUGCAUCGGGGGAUAUCUUAUCAUGGAACUUGGUAAACCCAGAAUUGGCCUUGACGGUCUUCCGUUGGAAGAUCCAUACUCUGAUAUGCCUAAGUUUAAACAGUAUAUUCUUCGUACUAUCAAUGAACUUAAUUAUUAUAAACAGUUGAUAAAAGAACCAUCCAGAGACAAGUUGUUGCCUGAUAUGAUUAAACAUCCUUACUAUGCACCAAAAUAUACUCUUGUACUAGAGUUUACUGAUGUUAUUGUACAUCCAGAAUGGACCUACAACACAGGUUGGAGGUUUAAGAAGAGGCCUGGACUUGACCAUUUCCUAGAAUCUUUGAAUGGCGUCUUUGAAAUUGUUGUUUACACAGCAGAGCAAGGUAUGACGGUAUUCCCGAUUAUCGAAGCCCUUGAUCCUAAGAAUCACAUAAACUACAAAUUGGUGAGAGAUGCUACUCUUUUCAUUGAUGGACGUCACGUAAAGGACUUAGACAAACUAAACAGGGAGUUGGAGAAGACAAUAGUCGUCGAUUGGGAUGGUAAAUCAACAAACCAUCACCCGGAAAACGUAUUCCAAAUUCCUCGUUGGAAAGGUAACGACGACGACAUGACACUGUUCCAUUUGAGCUCUUUCCUUCUGGCAAUAUCUCAAAACCAGAUCGACGAUAUUCGCGAAGUGGUGAAGUACUACAACCAAUUUGAUGAUGCUCUGGCGACAUUCCGCGAGAAGCAAAAGCAGCUCAUAGAAUUGGCUGAAGAGGCGGCAUCUGCUCCCAAACCUCAGUCGCCAGUUAACAAAUGGACUCCAAAUUUCUUCAAAAGGAAUUUUUAAACUUUCACCAAUUUGGGUUUUAACUAAUUUAUAAAGUGAUUCCCUCUUUUUUUUUUAAAUGUGUAUUUAAUUGGUUCUGUGACCAAGAGAAAAGAACUGUUUAUAGUAAACGCGAAAAAAGCUUUUCACAAAAUAUUGAAACUCGUCCAGUUCGCUCCCAUUUAUUUUAAAUAAUAGAAAGGUAUAAAUGCAACUCUUCUUUAUAUAUCCAAUCACAGUAGAAUGAUAAUAAAAAGAUGAGUUUCAUUGUAAAUAUGUAUUCUGAUUAUUUUGUAAAAUUUUGUUAAUAUAUUU